GAGGAAGGAAUUUUUAUCUCACAGAGUGGCUUCGCAAAGGAGGUCCUGAAGAAGUUUAAGAUGGAGAGCUGUAAUCCUGUGAGCACACCAGCAGAGUGCGGAUUAAAGUUAUCCAAGGAUGAUAAAGGAGAGAAGGUAAACUCAACGGAGUUUAGAAUUGGAUUGGUCAGCAGAUACAUGGAGGCGCCAACUAUGUCACACUGGAACGCUGCCAAGAGGAUACUGCGCUACAUAAAAGGUACAAUCGAUCAUGGUUUGCUUUAUACUAAGUCAGAAAAUUUCAAAUUGGUUGGAUACUGCGAUAGUGAUUGGGCAGGAGACGUGGAUGAUCGCAAGAGCACUACAGGAUUUGUAUUUUUCCUGGGAGAUACAGCU